AAAAGGGUGAAGCGCAGGGCGGACCGUGUUGCUGCAAACUGCGCAGGCGAAACGGAGAAGUUGAGCCUGGAAAAAAAAAACCCUUCCUCGGCGUCUGUGGGCUGCGGUGCUGUCAUCAGCAUGGAAAACGACAUCAGUGCUCUAGAACCACUAUUGGAGAAUGGAGACCGCAGCAUCCUUAUCCCUGGACAGGGAGUCUCGUAUAACGAGAAGCUUGGGGGAAUCCCUCCGCGCCGCUCUGCAGCAUCUUAUUUUAACUUAUGGAACCGCUUGGGUUAUGGCAUGGCCUGUUUCCCCCUCAAUACUACAAAGGAAAAGUCCACUAUGACUGAGGCUACUAGGUCUCCAGUCCCCAAAAAAAUCUGGUAUUUGCUUCUCAUUCUCCUGACCACUGUGCUAAUUAUAGCAAGUAUCUACAUCACUUUUUUCAUUGGGCAUCCACAGAGCCAACCAGCUCAGGCAGAAGUUGAGGCCAUCUUGGUUAAGCCAAAGGAGCUCAAUGUUGCAACUCUUCUGAAAGUCCAGAGUCAAGAGCCACCUUGGGGAGCUAUGAGGAAUUGCUUGGAUAAAGCUGUUCAGAAGUUCUCAGAAGAGCCAGAAGUGUUAAAGAAGAAUGCCAAGAUGGUCCUUCAGUGUAAUGGAACAAGGCAGGAGUUCCAGUCUGGCAAAGGAGAAAAUGUCAUCGAAGUGGCCUGGAUCAAUGACAGGGUAGACUACCUCAUCCAGAAAGAGAGCAUUGAAGUCCAUGUAGCAAGGCUCAGCAGCCGUCCUUGGCCACUCAAUCUUACCAUUAUUACUGGAGUCCGCCGAGAGCUGAGUGCCUUCGAGGAGAUACAGGGCUGCCUUAAUGAGGUCGUACGAGAAUUUCCUCGAGAGCCUCUGAUCGUGCAAAACAAUGCCAAAUUGGUGGUAUCUUGUGGCACAGACCUGACCUUCAUAUCUGGUGAGGGGAAGACGGAGAUCAGUGUGUACAGAGAAAACAACAAAGAUGGGAAGAUUCAAUAUUCAGUGAAAGCUACUGGGGAGGUUAAGUGGGCCAGGUUUUUCACCAGGGGCUCCAUCUAGCUUAGUGAUUGAAGGCGAAUGGUGGCCAGGCCAAACAGUGUAAGGGAUAGUGUUGUGACCUUUGCUAAAGACAGAAAGCAACUCUCUGCCUUCAAAUGUACAAGAUCUUGGGGGCAGGGAGUCAAAAUCGGUUCAGUAUUCAGUGCCUGUUCAUGGCACGGUUGACAAUAAUAAAUUGUUCAGACAUAUUUACUGAGCAAAUCAGUUCUAUUCCAAGAUAUCUCUCCUGAAGGAACAAUGCAUAAUCUUAAAUCAAACUUUUCAUUUAAAAAAAACUAAUAUUCUUAUAUAUAAUAAAUCAAUCAACAGGAAAAUAAAUUGUAGUAAACUAUAUACAGCGUAUUGUCGAAGGCUUUCACGGCCGGAGAACGAUGGUUGUUGGGGGUUUUCCGGGACACUGAGAGAUCUCUGUCUUUUGGUGCUACACCUCUGAAGAUGCCAGCCACAGCUGCUGGCGAAACGUCAGGAACUACAAUGCCAAGACCACGGCAAUACAGCCCGGAAAACCCCCAACAACCAUAUAUACAGCGUAUUGGUUUAGUGCUGCAUGAUGUUCCGUUGUUAUAAUCCGUCUAGUACAAUUGUAUAGAAAUACUUUGUCCUUUGAUACAUGUAAAAUGUACCAGAUCGUUUUUUUAAAAAAGUGGGGAAGAAGAAGAAGAAGAAGAAAGGAGCAUAUGAUAUUUUGGGUGUUAAUGUAAGAUACUUACUUGGUCAGAGAGGCAUGAGCUGUUCAUGACCAGGUUCUUGUUUGAUAAUCUAAUUUUUUUUCCUAGAGGCAAAAUGUACUUUUAGUCUUUUUCUGCCCUAGUCAUUUCAGCCGAAUUUUUGUCUUUGCAGCAGAAGAUUCUAGCCUGUGAAUAUGAUGAUUUGCUUUAAAGUUCAAUGAAUUUAUAGAUUUGGGCACCUUGUUCUGCAUACAUGAAUUCUACCAGUGGUCCAACCAAAUAGAAUUCUAUGUAAGUGCUUUCAAUAAAAAUUUAAAUUACUA